AUGGGCUACGAUGAGCUGCCGCUGACGUACGCCGUGUGCGAAGUCGCUGUGGCCGUCUUCGCAAUCGCCGGGAAUUCUUUAGUGGUGGCCACUUUUGCGCUCGAGAAAAAAUUACGAAGGGUCACGAACUUAUACAUCAUCAGUCUGGCCACGUCUGACUUUCUAGUGGGGCUGGUCGGCGUGCCAUCAGCUGUCAUGGCCCGCGUGGGCCUGCCGCGACACGCUUUCAGAGUGUGCCUGCUCAUGUUAUCUGUACUAGUACUGCUGUGUACUGUGUCGAUACUGAACUUGGUGGCGGUGACAUUGGAUCGGUACUGGGCAAUCUUGCACCCGUUCUGCUACAAGAGGACUAUGAACAGGAGAGCCGCUGGUUUUGUGAUCCUGGGAUGCUGGGUCGUGGGUUCCCUGGUGGGACUGUUGCCCCUCUUCGGCUGGAAUAACGGCCCUGAAGAGCAUGGGAGGUGUCUCUUUAUUCCUGUCAUGCACUAUGAUUUUCUAGUCCUCAUAUUUUUUGCAACCAUCGUAUAUCCAGCACUCCUGAUGGCUUUCUGCUAUGGAAGAAUAUAUGCUGUUGUUUUGAAACAACUACGUCAAAUUACGGCUUUGGAACAACAGUUGCCAAGGGAGGACUCUGGUCGUGAAAAUCGUCACCGUGAUUCUAGUCGUCAUAGCAACAGAGGCAACGCGUCCACUUCCAGCUCGGAGCGAAGCCUCCAAAUGAACCGUCAUCUGAAUCGCGUGCAGUCUCCAAACGAAACACCUCAAGCACGCCCUCACCAGGCCAGCAAGAGGGAGGUCCGAACUGCCAAGAACUUGGCCAUCAUAGUCGUCUUCUUCAUGAUCUGCUGGAUGCCGUUGUACACUGUCAACUGUGUCCAGGCCUUCUGCAGUCGGUGCCAAGUGCCCUCGUGGCUGUUGGACACUUUCAUUGUUCUCUCACACGUCAAUUCUGCUCUCAACCCCUUCCUAUACGCGUACCACAUGAGUGACUUUCGGAACGCUUUGAAGCAGCACUUCUUGUGCGGGGGUCGGUUAGAAGGUAGGUGUAAUCUGAGGAUGAAAUCGAGAUCUGUCGAAAUGGAGUCUCUGUCCGCUCCAGCAUUGUCAAAGUUGGCUGCUCAAAUGAUGGAGAAGAACCAGGAAUCCAGGACAAAGUUCACAGAUCUCAAUUAG